AUGGCAUUUCUGAGUCAACUGCAAGACGGCAUUGCCCAACUGAAACAGAAGGCUGAGCAGGCUGCUCCGUCGAUCGCCGGCUCGCUGAGCCAGUUGAAAGAGGCGCCGAAGUUCGUGGAGAGCGCAUUCAAAACUGGUCUGAACAAGGUGAAGUUGGACUCUCUUGGCAAGGUUCUGAAUGUUCCGUCGUUGGGAAGAAGUCAGUCGCCGAUCGACAUCGUUCCGGUCAUUACCGCGUUCGGGGAGCAGCUCCAAAAUGCACACUUCGAGUGAGCCAUCAGUUUCAGAACAAGAGCGAGAGAGAGAGAGAGAGAGAGAAUGAUUUCAGAGUGACAUACGAAAGUAACGGAGAGUUCAAAGCGGUGAACGACGGCAACUCUGUGUGGCUAAUGAGAGAGGGAAACAGCAGCGAGUUGGCGAUCUCUUUCCUUCCCGAAGAGCAGUACCAUCUUGAUGCGGUCAAUUUCCAUUGGGCUACGGAGCCGAUGAACGGAUCGGAGCACACGAUCGGAGGCGUCGGAUAUGCGGGGGAAAUCCAUCUGAUCCACAGAAACACCCGCUUUGCCACGAUGGCCGAUGCUCUGAAACAGCCGAACGGCGUCAUCGCCAUCGCAGUCUUCCUCAACGUUCGCGCUGUGAUUUUAACAUUCUGUGAAUAGUUAUAUUGCAGGAAUCGCAUGACGACAAUCCGUCGUUCGGCCCGUUCAUUAACCUGCUCCCGCAGAUUAUCUACAAGGGAAGCGAGUGCAAACUUUGCUCGUUCGACUUCCAGAACUUCUUCCCGGUUCCGGAGAAGACCAAAGAGUUCUGGAUGUACGAGGGAUCGGAGACGACGGAGCCCUUCCGCGAGACUGUCAACUGGAUCGUCAUCCGAGCUGCUUUCCCGAUCAGCUCCCAUCAGGUACACACUUUUGAUACCUACCAAAUGGGAAAGAGUGGUGCGUUUUCAGUUGGAUAAACUGCGAGAUGUGCGUGCCGGUCGUUACGACGAGGAGACAUCGGACAAGAAUCCGAUGAAACCACUCCGUUCCAUCCAGGUAUAAACGGGAGUUCCUAGAUAGAAGUAUCCGAAAACAUUCAGGCGGCCAAUUCGCGCACCAUUCUCAGUAGCUUUCGAUCGGUCGCCGGAGCUCCGGAUCUCGGAUUCCGACAAUGA